AUGUCCGGCUAUACCCUUCGCCGUCGUGCAGAGUGGACGCCUCACAGCGGCAUCAUCCUGGGCUGGCCGGGCUUGGAGGGAAUACUCAAGGACCACCCCGAGUUUCUGGCCCGAGCAACACAGGAGGUGUCCAAUAUCGCCCAGGCCGUCGCCCACUUCGAGCCCGUCACCCUCGUGGUGGGCGCCGAGCGUGUCGAAGAGGCAGAGGUGUACUUUAACGAGAUUGUGACCCCCUUCUCGAUUAAGCUGCACCACAUUCAAGGCGAUAGCAUGGAUAUCUGGAUGAGGGACAUCGCGCCCGUCUUUGUCAUCAAGGAGAAUCCCGGAGAGGGCACCCUCGCGGGUCUCGACUACAACUUCAACGGCUGGGGUGGCAAAUACCCUACGCCGACUACCCGCGAACUGGCUCGCAUUAUCCUCCGGGACCUGGGAAUCGAACGCAUCGAGACGUCAAUCGUCACAGAGGGCGGCGCCCUAGAGACCGAUGGCGAAGGGACCCUGAUACUAACAGAGAGUUCGAUUGUGAAUGAUAAUAGAAACCCCGGCAAGAGUCGCCAAGAUAUCGAGGAGGAGCUCAGACGUACUCUUGGCGUUGAAAAGAUCAUCUGGAUCCCUGGUAGAGACGGGCUCGACUCAACUGACUGCCACAUCGACGCCCUUGCCCGCUUCGCCCGCCCGGGUGUCAUCCUCUUGAGCAGGGCCAACGAGGUCGAGCCGACCGACUGGACAGUCGUCUACGAGGAAGCCCGUAGUAUCCUUAGCACUGCUAGCGACGCCAAGGGCCGUCCGUUUGAGAUUAUCGAGGUGGAGGAGCCCGACGAGGAUCUCUUUGAGCCCCCUCCCAAGGGCAUCAAGGGCGUCAAGGGCAUCGACGAUGACCGUGCUGUGCGCAGCUACGUCAAUUACUUAUUGGUGAAUGGGGGCAUCAUUCUACCUCAGUUUGGCGACCCGGCACAUGAUGCCGCGGCCAUCAGGGUUGCGCAAACCGUUUUUGGCGACGAAAGGAAAAUCUACCCCGUUCUCAUUGAGCAGCUGCCUGUGUUGGGUGGCGGUGUUCACUGCGCUACGCAAGAAAUCCCAGAAUUGCCUUGA